CAGAGAUCUCCAUCUGGGCAGGUACUGGGGACCCUCCUCAGCUGAGGAGGCCACUUCUGAAGCUGGGACGCUCUAGGUAAGUGCCAGCAGCCAGAAUGUCCAUCAAGAGCAUCUGCCACCUAAAACCUGAGACCCUGAGCCUGCCACCUGGGGCCUCAGAGUCCCCAGGCUGCCAGCGGCGACACACGCUCCCAGCAAGCGAGUUUCGCUGCCUCACGCUGGAGGAUGCAGUCAGUGUGUUUGAGAUAGAGCGUGAAGCCUUUAUCUCUGUCUCGGGCAUCUGCCCCCUGUACCUGGACGAGAUCCGGCACUUCCUGACCCUGUGUCCAGAGCUGUCCCUGGGCUGGUUUCAAGAGGGCCGCCUUGUGGCCUUCAUCAUCGGCUCACUUUGGGAUGAGGAGAGACUCACUCAGGAGUCGCUGAGGCUGCACAGGCCCGGGGGGCGCACAGCCCACCUGCACGUGCUGGCUGUGCACCACACCUCCCGGCAGCAGGGCAAGGGCUCCGUCCUGCUGUGGCGCUACCUGCACCACCUGGGCGGUCAGCCAGCAGUGCGCCGGGCCGUGCUCAUGUGCGAGGAGGCCCUGGUGCCCUUCUACGAGAAGUUUGGCUUCCAGGCCGUGGGCCCGUGCGCCAUCUCCGCGGGCUCCCUCGCCUUCACCGAGCUGCAGUGCUCCCUGCGGGGCCACGCCUUCCUGCGUAGGAACAGCGGCUGCUGA